UUUUAAAUGCACUUCUCCAGAGCAAAGAAAUAUCCUGUAGUGACUGUAUCUUUCCUUCCACACAAGCCAGCUUGCUACAUCCAGCAAGAAGAAUGGGGGAAAGCAGCACCGGUGCAGGGUUUCUAGCCCUGAACACCUCAACCUCGCCAAUGGCAGUCCCGACAACAAAUCCAAUGGACAAAACCGUACCGGGAAGUUUCAACAGCAGGACCCUGAUCCCAAACUUGAUCAUCAUCAUCUCUGGACUGGUCGGGCUGACAGGAAACGCCAUUGUGUUCUGGCUCCUGGGCUUCCGCGUGCGCAGGAAUGCCUUCUCGGUCUACAUCCUAAACUUGGCCGUGGCUGACUUCCUCUUCCUACUCUGUCACAUCAUUGAUUCCACGCUGCUGCUCCUCAAGUUUUUAUACCCCGACAUUAUCUUUCUCCCGUGCUUUAACACCGUCAUGAUGGUUCCCUACAUCGCGGGUCUGAGCAUGCUCAGCGCCAUCAGCACCGAGCGCUGCCUGUCUGUCCUGUGCCCCAUCUGGUAUCGCUGCCGCCGCCCAAAACACACAUCCACUGUCAUGUGUGCUGCGAUCUGGGUCCUGUCACUGUUGAUCUGCAUUCUGAAUAGAUAUUUCUGUGGCUUCUUAGAAGAUACCAGGUACGAAAAUGACAACCGGUGUCUGGCAUCGAACUUCUUUACUGCCGCGUGCCUGAUCUUUUUGUUUGUGGUCCUUUUUCUGUCCAGCCUGGCUCUGCUGGCCAGGUUGCUCUGUGGCGCUGGGCGGAUGAAGCUCACCAGAUUGUACGUGACCAUCAUGCUGACCGUUUUGGUUUUUCUCCUCUGCGGGUUGCCCUUCGGCAUCCACUGGUUCCUGUUAAUCUGGAUUAAGAUCAAUUACGGUGUGUUUGCUUAUGCUCUUUAUCUGGCAUCACUCGUCCUGACAGCUGUUAACAGCUGUGCCAACCCCAUCAUUUACUUCUUCGUGGGCUCCUUCAGGCAUCAGUUAAAGCACCAGACCCUCAAAAUGGUUCUCCAGAGGGCGCUGCAGGACACUCCCGAGACAGCCGAAAACACAGUGGAGAUGUCAAGCAGCAAAGCAGAGCCGUGAUGAAGAGCCUCUGCCUGGACCUCAGAGGUGGCUCGGGGGCGAGCACUGCCUGCUGCACUUGACCACUGCCCACGCUCCUCCCAGCCUCGGGAGGGACUCGACAUGCCUCAGUACUCCACCAGCAUCUCCAACAGCUCUUAGUUUUUCUACCUCUCCUGAGUAAAAGCAUUAAUCAGAAAGUAUCACGUCUGCAUCCUUCUUGACAUUAAUAAAAUUCUCAUGCUAACUUCC